AUGACCACAGAAGGAGCGGCCAAGGAGACCGAAUCGACAGCGACGGCCUCCUCGUCCACUGCAACCUCGACGACCGCAUUGGAUGAUGCGAGCGAGCCGACCACUGCAGAGAUUCCGUCCACAACAGCUCCGUCCACGACGACGUUUGAACCGCUUCGCGACGACAACGAAACCACCGCCACCACUGUGUCAUCGACACUGACCACAGAAGGAGCGGCCAAGGAGACCGAAUCGACAGCGACGGCCUCUUCGUCCACUGCAACCUCGACGACCGCAUUGGAUGAUGCGAGCGAGCCGACCACUACGGCGAAUCCAACCACAACAGCUCCCUUCACGACGACAUCCGAAGCGCUCCGCGACGACAACGAAACCACCGCCACCACUGUGUCAUCGACACUGACCACAGAAGGAGCGGCCAAGGAGACGAAUCGACAGCGACGGCCUCUUCGUCCACUGCAACCUCGACGACCGCAUUGGAUGAUGCGAGCGAGCCGACCACUGCAGAGAUUCCGUCCACAACUGCUCCGUCCACGACGACGUUUGAACCGCUUCGCGACGACAACGAAACCACCGCCACCACUGUGUCAUCGACACUGA